CUAUCAGUUGGGCAUUUGCAUUCGGCAUUGACUGAAAGCCGGACAAGUUUGGAAAAUAUUCUCAUCAAAAUGUGGCGAUUGCUGAUGUGGAUUGCAGUUUUCAUUGGUUUUUCCGUCAUUGUUGCCAGUCAAGGUUACUAUUCUCUGAUUGCCCCCGGCUACAUCAAAUCGCAAGUAUACAGUAUUCCUAAGCCUACAUCAGUCACCGGAACCGGUAAAAAUAAAUAUAUACAUCGAAGGACCUACUUAUCAAAUGGAGGAUAAUGUAUUCCUAAAGCCAUUCGAAAGUAAGGCCAUAACAUUUCGACCUCCAAAAUUAACUGCUGGUCAACAUCGACUAAUUGUUGAGGGUGUCAGUGGCCUGAAAUUUUACAAUGAAAGUGAACUGAUAGUAUUUCCCGAUGCGGGUCCGAAAAUUUACAUACAAACUGACAAAGCCGUGUAUAAACCGGGUGAUGAGGUGCAAUUUCGUGUUGUGCUAUUGGAUGAACAUACGCGACCAUUGCAGAUAUCGGAACCGAUACGUGUUGAAGUUUUGGAUAGCGAUAGCAAUCGGGUUAAGCAAUUCAAAGAUAUCACCGUCAUCAAGGGUGUCUAUAAAAAUAAAUUUCAAUUAUCCCCACAUCCUGUAAUGGGUUCCUGGGCUAUAAAUGUCUAUUUAAGUGGGCGUUACGAUUUCCUCGUCUCUAAAUCGAUACGUGUUCAAAAAUAUCUCCUACCCAAAUUCAGUGUCUACAUUGAAACGAAAAGAGAUAUUCUACUCACAGAUCCGCUAACACUGAAGGCCUUGAUCUAUGGCCAAUACACAUUUGAUAAAUAUGUUGAGGGUCAGAUUAAAACCCAGCUGGUGCAGGUGCCCAAGGAUGUGGUACUCGACGAGAAAGAAUUUCAAAUAAAAGAUUUACUCAACAUUGAAUUCAAUCUAAACGUUACCGAUAUGCUACGACAAGCCUGGGGUGUGAGGCUUAACGUGGAAUUGACAGAGAAAUUUACGGGACAAAAACGAAAUCAUUCUCAAUUUAUUGACUUUCAUGAUGAGCCGUAUCUGAUUUAUGUUCCAUCGCGCAGCAUUCACUUUGCCAAAGGAAAGCCGUAUCAAUUGACGGUAAUGGUAAAAAAUUGGGACCAUUCAGCUGUUCAAGAUAGUGUUACGCCUGUAACUAUGCAACAUGGAGAGAGAAAUUACAGCGCCUACUUGGAUACAAUGGGUGAGGCAAUAUUUCAAUUUGAACAUGAUCCAAAUUCCGAUCACAUAAUUCUAUAUGGCAACCCCACCUAUAAAAUGUCAAAUAUUUUACCCUAUGAACCGUAUAAGGGCAAUAAAACGGAACCGGAUUUAAGUUUAAUGCUACUGGGAGAAAAACCCCUUUUAGGUACACCCGUGCGGAUUAAUGUAACUUCCACAAAGGAUAUGCCAUAUUUGAAAUAUACCAUUGUGGCCCAUGCCAAUAUCAUUCAAACGCAACACAUCGACUUGCCAACGAAGCCUCGGAGCCACAUAAUAGAGAUCACACCAUCUAUAGAAAUGGUACCCUACACCUUUGUCUAUGUCCACUACAUCGAUGAGGGCAAUUACCGUUACAGUGAAAUAGAAUUAAAUUUUCCUUUGGAAUUUGAAAAUAAGGUAUCCAUUACGGCCCCCAAAAAAGUGAAACCCGGCGAAGAGGUAACCCUGGAACUUAAGGCUCAACCUAAAUCUUUGGUUGGUGUUUUAGCUGUUGAUUUGGGUGUAUAUCUUUUGGAUCCAUCCUAUGAACUGAAGAAAUAUCAUAUACUCGAUUCGUUGAGAAGUGAUAUCACUCGUAUUCCGAUGUUGGCUUUGGUAUAUCCGGGCCUUCUAUCGGGUGUUAUAACAAUGACAAAUGCUCACUAUGAAUUUGUACCGUUAUUCUUUUCAACUGAUCAAAGCCCCACCGAUUCUUCAGUUUUGCGUUUCCGCAAAAAUUUCCCUGAAACCUGGAUUUUUGAAAACUAUGAAAUAACCAAUGAAACCACCCAUCUCACCCUAAACAUACCGGAUACGGUUACCACCUGGCGUGUGACAGCAUUUUCGGUUAAUGAAAAAACCGGUUUUGGCAUUGUCGAUGAACCCACACACAUAACCACCGUGCAGGCGUUUUUUAUCACCCUUAGCCUACCGUAUGCAGUGAAACGGGGAGAAAUAGUCGCCAUACCCAUACUAAUUCACAAUUAUCACGAACAAAGCCUGGACACGGAAGUUAGCCUCUUCAAUGAUAAGGAGGGAUUUUAUUUCAUGGAAUCGACCAUUUUCAAUAAGGAUGUGGGUUCCGAAGACAAUCGACGAAGUAAAAAUUUGACCUUGGGCGCCAACAGUGUUGGUACUGUGGUCUUUCUCAUCAAUCCCCGGCAAGUUGGUGAGAUAAGUCUCCAGAUCACAGCCACAAAUCCUCUGUCUUCUGAUGGUAUUAUUGAAAAACUUCGUGUGGAACCGGAGGGUAUUCGGAUUGAUGUUAAUCAUGCCGUAUUUACCAGUGUGGUCCCCAAUGAACCCAUUGAGAUGACCAUACCCCUAAACAUCUCCGGCGAAAAGGUGCCCCAUUCGGAAUUUAUUACGCUGACAGUGGUGGCAGAUAACAUGGCUCCCGUUUUACUCAAUCUAAAUGAUUUGCUAAGCCUUCCCACCGGUUGUGGAGAACAGAAUAUGGCAAAUUUUGCUCCGAACGUGCUAGUUCUGCAAUAUCUCAGGUCAAUGGGCCAGUAUCACAAGGAACGCGAUUUGGUGGCCAAAGCCAGGCGUUACAUUGAAGUUGGUUUCCAGCAGCAAUUGACAUAUCGCCACCGGAAUGGGGGGUACAGUGUUUUUGGCCAGCGCAAGGAUAGAGAAGCCAGUACCUGGUUGACAGCCUAUACCAUGAGAUUCUUCAUCAAGUCUUUGAGGUAUACCAUGGCCAUGGAAUCGCACAUCAUUGAAAGUGGCCUGGACUAUUUGGCAAAGGCCCAGGGCGAAGAUGGCAGUUUCCCCUAUACCGGCUAUCUGAUAUAUCCGGCCCAGCAGAAUCGUUUUGGAUUUACGGCAUUUGUUUUGAUGGCAUUUUUGGAAGAUCAGAAAUUUGCCCGCAACUACUCCACCACAAUUGACAAGGGCCUGGCGUUCCUAAAUGAUCAUUUCGAUCAGAUCAACGAUGUUUAUGCCCUCUCCAUAAUGGCUGUGGCCAUGCAAAUGGCCAAACAAAAAUCGAAUUCCAAAAAAAUCCUGGAUAAACUACUACAACAAAAACAAACGGACAAUUCGACCAUUUGGUGGAGUCAAAAUGAUCGGAAUCGAGCCAAGGAUGUUGAAAUAACGGGAUACGUAUUAUUGGCAUUGAUAGAGGAUGGCGAUUAUGAGGAAGCUUGCAAAAAGGCCUUCAAAUGGUUAAACCAACAGCGCAAUAAAAAAGGUGGAUUUAAAUCUAGUCAGGACACCGUGGUCGGACUUCAGGCCUUGAUCAAAUACUCAAUGAAAUAUAAGAUCACUGGGGACGUAGAUAUCUUGGUCAGCUAUACAGCUAUGGAUGGUGAGAUGCAGGAAGUCAAGAGUGGCGAAAUAGCUGUGGACGAGAAUAAUGUAAAAGUCUUACAAAGCGAAGAGCUACCCCAAACAACACGUGCGGUGGAAAUUCAAGUCACCGGCUUGGGCGCUUCUCUGAUUCAAUUGACCUAUGAAUAUUACAUAAUGGGUGUUGAAACAUUUCAAUAUUUCCGAAUAGAACCCAAAGUGGAAUUACCAAAUCCUGGAGAAAUGUCGCUGGACAUUUGUUUUAGCUACAUCGAACCUAAUGCAACGGCCACAAAUAUGGUUGUAAUGGAGAUCAAUCUGCCAUCGGGAUUUAGUGUCAACGAAGAAGAUAGCGACUUUUUGUUGGAUAAUGAAAUUGUGCAAAGAAUUGAAAUGAAAAAUUCUGCAACGAACAUUGUGGUUUAUUCGGAAAAACUCCAGCCAAAUGUUCGGAAUUGUCUAAAUAUUAUGGCCUACAAAAUGUACGAUGUGGUGCAUCGGAAACCGGCUUCGAUUAUUAUUUACGAUUAUUAUGAUUUUUAUCGUUAUGACACGGCAUUUUAUGAUAUUUAUAAUGAAACCCCUCAGGAUGGUGGUGGUACUGGACCUGGGGUCAGAGGGCUUUGAAGUGGGGAGAGAGAGAAGCAAGGCUUUCUUCUUUGAAAUGUAAAGCAAAUGUUUUGUAACGAAAAUAAAA